AAAGUUGCAUGAAAUUGAGGUUAAGUGGACCUAAUGAGAUGCCUAUCCUUACAAAACAAAAACGUAAGCCAAACUCACUACUUCUACUCAUUACUGUAACGUUCAAACAGAUGUCAUAAACCCACCAUUUUUUUCUUUCUUUCUUUACCUCUCUACCUCUUAUAAGUUCCCCUUUUCUUUAUGCAAACGUCCCUUUUCUCUUCUGUUUUCUUUUCCCUUCACUUUCCAGACAACCAAACAAUAAAAGCAACUCAUAACAGAAUUUUCCAGAACCAAAAAUGCUGUCCGGACUAAAUGACACCGUUUGGAUUCAAGAUAAUAGUAAUCACAACAAUAAUAAACAAGAACAUAGCAGCAAAGAAGAUAAUAGCAUGGCCUCUCUCUCUACAUUCAAGUCCAUGCUCGAGGUUGAAGAUGACUGGUAUGCUUCUAACACUACUUCAGCUUUCCAAAACCACCAUGACAUUACAUUUUCACCUAAUCUUGGUGACCCUGAUAAUCUUUUACUUCACUCGGUUGAUUCAUCCUCGUCUUGCUCACCAAAUUCUUCAGUUUUUAACAAUCUUGACCCCUCUCAAGUCCACUACUUUAUGCACCCAAAACCUAGUUUAUCCUCACUUCUUAAUGUAGUUCCUAGUACCAACAACAAUUCUUUAGAUGUUCAUGGCUUUGAUUUGGGUGAGAUUGGUUUUUUUCAAAACCAGUCAGUGACUACAGUGCCAAAUGUGUCAUCUUUAAUGAAUAGAGGUGGUGGGAUUUUGGAGAAUUUUAGUGAUUUAGCCUCAAAUAAUCAGAUUAGUAGCUCUAAUUUCUGUUCUGAUCCGCCUUUUUCGACUACCCGUAUGCUUCAAUUGCCUGAAAAUGGCUCUGGGUUUACAGGGUUUAGGGGUUUUGACGAGGGUUCAGGGAAUUCUUUGUUGUUGAAUAGGUCUAAUAAGUUAUUAAGGCCUCUUGAAACGUACCCUUCAAUGGGUGCACAGCCUACUUUGUUUCAAAAGAGAGCAGCUUUGAGGAAGAAUUUAGGUGAUAGCCCUGGAAAUUUAGGGUCUUUGAGUGGGAUUGAGAUAGAUAAAGGUAAGAGGGAAAUGACUCUAAUGGGUGAAGAGAAUGAGAGAAAAAGAAAAUUUAGUAUUGAUGAUACUUUUGAUGAUGUUAGUAUUGAUGGGUCAGGUUUUAAUUAUGAUUCUGAUGAUUUUACUGAGAAUACUAAGAUGGAGGAGAUUGGUAAAAAUGGUGGAAAUAGCUCAAAUGCUAAUAGUAGUAUUACUGGCGGCCUUGGCGGCGGCGGCGGCGGCGGUGAUCAGAAGGGGAAGAAGAAGGGCCUUCCUGCUAAGAAUUUGAUGGCCGAAAGGCGGCGGCGGAAGAAGCUUAAUGAUAGGUUAUACAUGUUGAGAUCUGUUGUGCCAAAAAUAAGCAAGAUGGAUAGGGCGUCAAUCCUUGGGGAUGCGAUUGAGUACUUGAAGGAACUUUUGCAAAGGAUCAACGACCUCCACAAUGAAUUGGAGUCAACUCCCCCUGGCUCUUCAUUGACGCCCACGACAAGCUUUCACCCGUUGACACCCACUCCGUCAGCCCUGCCUAGCCGUAUCAAAGAUAAGAUUUGUGCCAGCUCAUUGCCCAGUCCAAAUGGUCAACCAGCAAGGGUCGAAGUCAGAGUGAGAGAAGGACGAGCAGUAAACAUACAUAUGUUUUGCAGUCGCAGACCCGGCCUCCUGCUGUCCACCAUGAGGGCUAUGGACAAUCUAGGCCUUGACAUUCAACAAGCUGUCAUAAGCUGUUUCAACGGUUUUGCCAUGGAUAUCUUCCGAGCUGAGCAAUGCAAAGAAGGGCAAGAUGUGCAUCCAGAACAGAUUAAAGCAGUACUCCUCGACUCGGCCGGCUUCCAUGGUAUGAUAUAACAGUCGCUCACUCUGAAAUCGGACAGAAAAAUCAUCGAGCAACAUUAUAUAUUUUCUAAUGCUAAGAGGCCAUUGGUGAUUUCAACUAAAUAGUAAUAGUUUUGCUUCCUUUUUUAAUUUUUGAACUGUAUUAAUUAUAGUAGUUUGCCAUCUAUAGUUGUUCGGAAGGAUCAGAAAUCUGUAAUUUUCUAUGAGGUUUUAGCAUCAAAAUUAUAUACGUGUCUUUUUAAA